GGUUUGACACUGUGUGCCUCAUGCAGUGCGACACAUCUCCUUCACAAAGACUUGAUCAGGUUUCUGAUUGUGACUUGAAGCACCGCUUCAGUGGCUUUGGGAAGUUGCUGGAUCAACAGAUGUGCGACGGGGAAGGAGGUAUGGGAGUAAAUUUUCUUCAAAGUGAAGAGAAAAAGACGAGAUUAUGGCGGGAGUUUGGAAGAAGCUGCUUUUCUUUGGGACGGUUUUUACUAUUGCAGGAGUCACACACCAGACAGGCCUCACAUACUUCAUCAUCCAAGAGUACAUCCCUCUCACUGACGUAAAUAUGAGCUGGGUGGAAGCGCAGAGCUUCUGCAGAGAGAUGUACAGCGACCUGGCCACCAUAUCUAACGACAAGGACAUCAGCACAAUCAACACCAUGAACGCUGACGUGUCCUUCUGGAUCGGCCUGUACGAUGAUGUCAACGGCUGGAAGUGGUCUCAGAUGGAUCAACAUCUGGAGAUGCAGGACUACAGGCAGUGGCAGGAAGAUCAGCCGGACAAUGACGGAGCCGUCGAGCACUGCGUCUCCAUGAUGGAAGACGGUUUUUGGAGGGACAACAGCUGCUUCCACGUGAAGCUGCCUUUCAUUUGUUUCAGAGAUGAUGAGGAAGAUCAAUACGUCCUGGUGACCGAGAAGAAGAGUUGGACUGAGGCUCAGUCGUACUGCAGGCUGCAGCACACGGAUCUGGUCAGUGUGAGGAGUCAGACUGAGAACCAGCAGGUAAGGAGCAGGCUGCAGGAGAAAGCGACCGUGCAGGAGGCCUGGAUCGGCCUGCACAGAGACGCCUGGAAAUGGUCGGACGGCAGCCCAUCCCCUUUCAGACGGUGGUGGGAUUUGCAGCCUGAUAAUGAAAACAGCUCUCAGGCGUGUGCUGCUAUGCAAAGAGGGGGAUGGAGCGACUGGAACUGUGAUGCCGAAUUCAACUUUCUCUGUCAAAAUAUAACUGUGGUGACUUUGAGUCCGCAGCCUGAACCCAACACCGUCAGCCCAGCUGGGACUAGAAUGACAACAGUGAGGAUGAAGUUGCAGACUGACUCUGACCUCAAAGAUCCAAACGUCAGACAUAAAGUCCUGCAGCAGUUUGAGGCAGCUCUUAACAUGCAGGGCAUCACUGACGUCAAACUGCACUGGAGGAAUUUAAAGGCAGAGCCACAAACCAAGAGAGAGAUGCAUGUGGAAAAGGAAUAA